CGAUCUCUGAUCUGUCCCCCCCCCCCUUCCCUACCGGUGUUCGUUCUUUCUUCUCCUCCGCCUCUUUCCCGGAUUUAUCUCUUUCUCAAUUGACCGCUCAUCCUUCCUCGUCCUCUGCGAGGUGAACCCUUGGUUUUGUUGAUGUCCCGGUGACAAUUGACUAUAACGCCGAUCUACCUGGAGAGCGCCUUGCUUUGAUUAGCUGCAGUCGAUCUUUCAACUCCCUGGACAUCUACCUUCUUUAACGCUUGCUCGUCUCGAAACCUCAACGGAACUCUUGCAGUGUGCACUAGAUAUUCGAUCACCAUGCUACUUCCGCGACUUUCGUCCCUUCUAUGCCUGGCUGGCUUGGCCAGCGUGCCUGUGGCCCGCGCCUACGACGGCGAUGACAACAUCAAGAGCAUUCCGCUUCGCACACACAGUCUUGCACCGCCUUACUUGGAUUCCGACUUCCAAAGCCGCUGGUUCGAUUUUGGUGGUGACACGAUAAUCCGCGCCGACCAAUACAUCCGUCUUACCUCCGACCGCCCGUCGCAACAGGGAUGGGUUUUCUCCCGCGUGCCUCUGACUGCGACAAACUGGGAGAUCGAGGUCGAAUUCAAGAUCGAAGGAUCCGGCAACUUGCACGGCGAUGGCUUUGCCAUGUGGCUCACCAAGCAGCGCGCGACCCAGGGUCCUGUCUUUGGAUCGACGGACAACUUUGAGGGUCUGGGUAUCUUCUUCGACACGUACAAGAACAACCGUCCCGGUACUUCGUUCCCCUACGUCAUGGCCAUGAUGGGCGACGGCCAGACCACCUACGACCAGGCUCACGAUGGAAAGGCCAAUGAAUUGGCUGGUUGCUCGGCUCGCGGUCUCCGUGGCGCCUCGAUCCCUACCAAGGCCCGCUUGACUUACUUCCAGGACAAGUCUUUGACUCUGGACCUGCAAUACAAGUCCGAGGACAGCUGGAUCCCCUGCUUCGAAUUGACCGCGCCAGAGUACAACAUUGCCAUCCCCUCCGUUGCCUACCUGGGCUUCUCCGCCGAGACGGGUGAGCUGAGCGACAACCACGACAUCAUCUCGGUCAAGGCCCAGAACCUGUACAGCGUUGGAGGCAGCGGCAGUGGCAGCAGUAGCCCUCCCAAGUCCGGCGGCAAGGGUCGGGACUCGGGUCGUGUCAAGCGCCGUAACAAGCAGGGCAGCUGGGGAUGGUUCCUGUUCAAGGCUGUUUUGUUCCUGGUUGUUAUUGUGGGAGCUUAUGCCGGUUAUACUGCCUACCGUACCAAGACCCGCUACUCGCGGUUCUAGUGGGCGAGGUAUUGAAGUGGAGAGAAAACACCAGAAAACAAAGUGUCAUUUAUUCCAGUUUGUUUCUUGCAUAGCCGUGUCGUGUUCAUGUCAGUGUAUCUAUGGGGUUUCCUUAGUGGACGAUGAAAAGUUGACGACCCUGAUGAGCAUG